GUUGUGGGGGAAGAGAAUCCCUAUCUGCCGCUGAGCUGUGCCACUUCCUACUGAUAUUUCGUUGUCCAAACGGUCAGUAGUUAUUCCCAUAUAUACAUAAAACCUCAGGAACAAUCUCCGUCGCCCUGGAUACCAGUCAGUCACUUCCACUCGGUUCAGCUAGAGCCACGACUGCCGUUGGAUGGAACGGCCCGACUGUGGAUUUCACUGCCGCUGUUAUCUACAGGCCGCGUCGCCAUUGCUACCGUUUCUAUAAACCGAGCUCGUGAAAACACAGAGAAUCCUGAUAUCUUCAUCAUGAAGAAAAAAUGCAAAAAUCGCCGCUCCACCACGCUAAAGAGGGAGUCUUCUCCUAUCAAGCCCUCCCCCAACAGAGAGACUCUCACAUACGCACAAGCUCAGCGAAUGGUAGAGCUGGAAGUGGAUGGCCGAGUGCACCGGCUCAGCAUCUAUGACAAGCUGGAUGUCAUCGCCGACGACGACCCUACGGCUCAGGAGAUCCUGGAGUGCAAUAGCAACAAAGAAAACAACGAGAAGCCCCAGCAGGUUCUGGUUCGCUCUGUACGCCUCAAAAUGAACCAGCAGAAGAAGAGUGGUGCUCUCACUGCGUCACAUGGCAGCAGCUUGGGCAGUCUCCUGGAGCCAAAGGUCAGGAUGGUGGAGUACAAUCUGCCGGUGGUGCCAAAAAGGCCGGCCAUGUAUUACAAAUACUCUGAGAGGACAACUGAGGAGCUGGAUGAGGAAGUGGAGUAUGACAUGGACGAGGAGGACUACGCCUGGCUCGAGAUCAUUAACGAGAAGAGGAAGAGCGAGGGCAUUGGCCAGGUGUCACACAAUCUUUUUGAGUUCCUCAUGGACCGCUUUGAGAAAGAGUCGUUCUUAGCUACACAGGGCCAGAGUGACCUGCAGUCACUGGUGGAUGAAGAUGCUGUUUGCUGCAUCUGCAUGGACGGAGACGGAGCUGACAGCAAUGUCAUUCUCUUCUGUGACUCGUGCAACAUCGCCGUGCACCAGGAGUGCUACGGCGUGCCGUACAUCCCAGAGGGUCAGUGGCUGUGCCGUCAUUGCCUACAGCGUCCGUCGCGGCCGGCCGAGUGCCUCUUCUGCCCGAAUCGUGGAGGAGCUCUGAAAAAGACAGAUGAUGAUCGCUGGGGCCACGUGGUUUGUGCCAUGUGGGUCCCCGAGGUUGGCUUCUCUGAUACAGUUUUCAUCGAGCCCAUUGAUGGCGUCCGCAACAUCCCCCCCGCCCGCUGGAAACUCACAUGCUACCUGUGCAAGGCCAAGGGCGCUGGGGCCUGCAUCCAAUGUGACAAGAUCAACUGUUAUACCGCUUUCCAUGUAAGCUGCGCCCAGAAGGCGGGCCUCUACAUGAGAAUGGAGCCCGUCAAAGAGCUCACCGAGUCGGGCACCACCACCUUUUCUGUGAAGAAGACCGCCUACUGCUGUAGCCACACACCCGAAGGUUGUGACCAGCGGCCUCUCAAUGUCUACGACGAGCUCCGUCUCAAGAAUGGAGCCUGUCACAAGCGGGCAGAAAAGAGGGGGAAGCCUCGCUCCAAAAGCUGGCAGAAGAAAAAGAUGAAAAAAGCAGAGUCAGAACCUGAACUAGAACCUGAAACCCAAGCUAACCCUGGGCCCAGCGUCACUGCAUCAAGUUUCGAUGCCAUCUUGAACCAGGUAGCAGUUCAGAGGAAGCGGCAGUUUGUUGAGCGGCUGCUGAGUUACUGGGUGCUGAAGAGGCAAUCGAGGAACAACGUGCCUCUGAUCCGCCGUCUGCAGGCCAACCCUCAACCCUCUAAAGCUCAGCAGCAGAAGGAGCGUAUGGAGACAAAUCAGGCUCUGAAGGAGCAGCUGAAAGUGUGGCACCGUCUGCGCCAUGACCUGGAGCGAACCCGGCUGCUGCUGGAGCUCAUCAGGAAGCGGGAGAAGCUGAAAAGGGACGAGAUAAAGCUGCAUCAGUCGGUGCUGGAGCUGCAGCUGACUCCCUUCAACAUCCUGCUGAGAGCUGUGCUCAGUCAGCUGCAGGACAAGGACCAGUACGGCAUCUUCGCACAGCCUGUCUGCAUUAAGGAGGUCCCAGACUACCUGGAGCACAUCAGAAAGCCCAUGGACUUCUCAACUAUGAGGAAACGAAUUGAUUCUCACAGUUACUGCAGCUUGGAUGAGUUUGAGGAUGACUUUAACCUCAUAAUUAGUAACUGCAUGACGUACAACGCCAAGGAAACAUUCUUCUACAAGGCGGCUCAGAGGAUGCUGGACCACGGAGGGGUCAUCCUACGGAGAGCUCGCAGAGAGGUGGAUCGGAUCGGCUUUGACUUCCCCAGCUGCUUACACUUGUCAGAAGCCCCGCAGCUGGAGGCCCCAGCUCCUUUCUCCUGGGAGGACGUGGACCGGCUGCUGGCACCCUCCUACCGUCAGCACACGCAGCUGGAGGAGCAGCUGAAGGAGCUUCUGGAGAAGCUGGACCUGAGUACGGCCAUGAAGCACAGCCCGUCCCGCACCAAGAGGCUCAAGCUCCUCAAGAAGACCAUAAUGGAGGUCCGCAGCCAGAUUGGCUUAAAGAAAUCAUUUCCACAUCCACCACCCCCUGCCCUGGAACUCCCACUAUGCCCCAGCCAGUGUGAGGACAAGCUGGGUCCGGCAAGCCCAUUAGUUCCCGUCCCUCUACCGGCCUCAGAGCGGCUCAGCUCCUCAUUUGAGCCUGACAUCUCACCAAGCGACUCAGUGCCCCCCACGCCGAAGCCUGUUGCCCACCUGUCAGAGCAGGCUCCCUUGCAGCUUGAUGACAACACCAGCUCCUCUACCUCAAAACCCCCUCAACCAACCAACAGGCCCCUUCCAGACCAGCCGCUGCCCAACAGGAACUUUCCCUCUGAAUUAUCAGGUAGCUUCCCCCAGCGCACCAUCUUCCGUAAGUCCAAGAGUGCCAGCCCUCAGAAAGCACCCAUGACUCCAGAGCUGCCUGCUGCAUCGCCACCCCUCCUGGGUGCCAAAACCUUCCUGUCGGUGGUGAUCCCUCGCCUGGAGACCCUGCUGGUCCCCAAGAAAAGGACCCGCAGCAGCAGUGCUGAAGACGAGGAGGAAGAAGAGAAAGAGGAGGAAGAGACGCCGAUCAAACGUCUUGGCACAGGGUUAACCAACGGUUUCUUGGUGGAGGAGAAGCUGGAUUCUAUGUCUCCACGCAUUCUGGAGCCCCGACGGCGAUGCGCCUCAGAGUCCAGCAUAUCAUCUAGCAACAGCAUCAUCUGUGACUCCAGCACUUUCAUGGUGCCUAAAGGUGUGAAGGGUCGCCCUACGGCAGCGAGGCGGAGCACUGUAGACGACCAAAGUUCUCUAAUGAGCUGUACUGACAAUGGACAAUUCACAAAGACUGCCAAGAUUUCUUCAGAAGUGUGGAGUCCCACCGCUGCUUCUCCAUUUGUUCUGGAGCCUCUUAAGCUAGUUUGGGCUAAAUGUAGGGGAUAUCCCUGGUACCCUGCCCUGAUUGUGAAUCCCAGAGUUCGGAGGACGUCAUGUCAGCACAGCAGGGUGGAGCUUCCCAUUCCACCAUUGGACGUCCUCAGAGCCGGAGAGCAGAUGCAGUUCAGGUCCGCAGAGAAACUCUUCCUCGUCCGCUUCUUCGACAGCAAGCGCAACUGGCAAUGGCUUCCUAGAUCCAAGAUGGCUCCGUUUGGGAUCAACCAGAGCCUGGACAGAGUGAAGCUGAAGGAAGCUCGUGCUUCCUCCAUCAGGAGAACUGUGCGGCUCGCCUUCGAUCGGGCCAUGAAGCAGCUGAACUCUGUCAGAGGGAAUCUGGAGGUGAAUGGUGGCGGCAGCGGCCUCACUGCCACACGCUAAUCCCUGUCCGUCUCAGCAGCUCCACCAACUAACACCUUUCACCUUCAUGAUCCAUGCAGAGAGGCCGUUCUGCCUCAUACGCACAACACAAACACUCAUGUUUACCCAUCCCCCUGCCUGGAGUCCCACAAUGACUCACUGUAGUCAAAGCUAUGCAAAGGAAGAGCUCAGCGUUCAGUUGGGAGGACUGAACCUGGUGAAUGUGUCGGUGCUCGACCUCUGACCUCUUAAAAUGUGCUGCUGUGAGAUCCUCCAUCUGUCAGUGUAUGAGUGUGACAGCAGCAGCUCAUGUAAAUAUCACACACACAGCCUGACGCUAAUUUAUUCACUCUUCAGUUUUAUUUGGUACACACACUCUGAUUUUUGGACCUUCAAAGGUAGGUGUGACGAGUUUUCGCCGGUGCUGCUGGUCCUGCUGGUGCUAUCUCCACAAAGAGAACAAACAUGCAUACUGUAUUGUUGUUUUUUUUUGUUGUUUUUUUGUUUGUUUUAUAACUUAUUGAGAUCUCCUGCAUCAAGUUCUUGUUUCUGGCAUUAAUUCUGUGUGUGUGAAUUUUUUUUGUAUCCAAAUGUUUUUACUGGACUACUUUACUAUUACUUUUUGUUUGUUUGUAGAUAUUUAUAUAAGAUCUAUAUAGAAGCUCCUAAAGUUUUAAGGUGCAUCGUUGACAUGGAAACCAAAAGGAAAGGAGAACCAACUGCUGCCCGUCCUCAUGCUUCACUCUGACGUCUUUUUUUUUGAGCUUUCAGUCGUGUCUCUGAACGUCACAUCAGCGUGUUCUCCAGCGCAGCCCUGAAGGAGAGUAGAGAAUGUGCCUGGACUAAUUUAUUGCAGAGCAGAAAACGGAUAUGCAUCACUUUAUAUAGAAGGUGUGGUAAAUAAAUACUACGGGUGCUCAUACCCUCCCUUUUUUUUUUAGUUGUUUUUGUUUGGACUGAUGGCAUUAAAUGUGUGAGGUGUGAUAGAUGCUGAUGAGUAGCAGAGUGUAGGCUUUCUGUUGGUCCUCCAGCCCUGCUGACAGUUUGCUGUAAAUACAUUUGGUACUUUAGUUGAUUCUCUGGGAAGAAAAGAAAAAAAACACACAGUUCUAGUCAAUGGGAACAGAAACCAGCCCAAAGCAGGCUGCUGGGAUUUUUAUACUAAAACACUGAAAAAUAAAAUAUCAUAUUGAAAUACUG